AUACUCCAUACGACCGCAAGUCCAUAGUGCAUUUGCAUUUUGCAAUUAGCAUAACCUUCCCUCUCUCUCCUCUUCUUCAAACUAACUGAUCACAUCUAACCUCACCUCCUCCUUCCUCUCUGCAAAAAGUCAAGUCACCGGAAAACCACCAAAAUGAGCGGAGCAAGCGGCGGAGCUCAGGCGAACCACUCCCUCGCCUUCCGAGUAAUGCGACUUUGCCGCCCAUCUCUUCACGUCGAAACGCCUCUUCUCUUCGACCCCGCCGAUCUCCUCGUCGGCGAAGGCGAUUCCUCCUCUCUUCUCCCUCAUUCUCUCUCCUCCGACAACAGCGACAAUGGCAGCGACAACGAUCUCUCCUUUCGCUCUCGAUUCCUCCUCUCUGAUCCAUCCUCUGCUUCCGGCCUCUCCGGCCUCCUCGUUCUUCCGCAAUCCUUCGGGGCGAUUUAUUUGGGAGAGACGUUUUGUAGCUACAUUAGUAUCAAUAAUAGUUCCAAUUUUGAGGUUCGAGAGAUUGUUAUUAAGGCAGAAAUUCAAACAGAAAGGCAGAGGAUACUGCUAUUAGAUACUUCCAAAUCGCCUGUAGAAACAAUACGUGCUGGGGGACGUUACGAUUUUAUAGUCGAACACGAUGUGAAAGAAUUGGGGGCACACACGUUGGUAUGCUCUGCUAUGUACAAUGACAGUGAUGGUGUUCGCAAAUAUCUGCCUCAGUUUUUCAAGUUCAUAGUUGCCAACCCACUUUCAGUUAGAACAAAGGUCCGUAUGGUCAAGGAUCUCACCUUUUUGGAGGCUUGUAUUGAAAAUCACACCAAAUCAAAUCUUUAUAUGGACCAAGUUGAGUUUCAGCCAGCUCAGCAUUGGGGUGCCACAGUAUUAACAGCUGAUACGAAUCUUGCUGAAAAGGAUUCUACUAGUGACAAAGAAAUUUUUAAGCCACCGGUUCUGAUAAAAUCUGGAGGUGGAAUCCACAACUUCCUAUAUCAGUUGAAGUUGUCUGCUCAAGAAUCUACUCAAACGAGAAUUGAGGGAAGCAAUAUUCUUGGUAAACUUCAAAUAACGUGGCGUACAAACUUGGGGGAGCCAGGCCGCUUGCAGACACAGCACAUACUUGGCAGUCCUGUUCCUCGCAAAGAAAUCGACUUGCAGGUGGUGAAGAUUCCACCAGCCAUUAUCUUGCACAAACCCUUUGAGGUGCAACUAAGUCUCACAAACCAAACUGAGAGGGCCCUGGGGCCAUUUGAGAUCUGGUUUUCAGGUGAUGCUAAUGGGGAGAGGGCGUUCAUGGUUAAUGGCCUCCAAACUCUGACUUUGACAGAGAUUCGGGCUCUUAGUUCCACUGAUUUGAAAGUGAACCUGAUUGCAACUAAACUCGGAGUCCAAAAAAUCACAGGGAUAACUGUUUUUGACUCGAUUGAGAAGAAGACCUAUGAGCCCCUUCCAGAUCUAGAGAUUUUUGUUGAUUUGGAUUGAACUCUGGCACAAGUGUGAUGGAUGAAUUGUUUAGCGUUAACAAUAUGGACUUAUGUUUAGUGACCUUAAGACUGUACUGGUCUCUCUUGUGAAGCCAAAUCCCAGGAGAAUUGCAUUUUGCUAAGGAGCUGUUAUAGUGGAAAGAUAGAAGGUUAUUGUCUCUAGAUUUAACCAGCAUUUGGGAAGUUGUUUUUGUGAUACAACUAUAUUGUUAGCCAGCCAAUGCACCUUUAAUUUCCUCGAUCUGUUUCUUCACCAUCAUCUAAUCGAAUGAUCGGCUAACUAGUGGGUUUGCCUCACUACAAAUUAGCUAUGAGGUUUUAGGCAUUUUACAUUGUAUCUGCCAGUAUUUGUACAUGUAUAUUACAAGAAAGCUUUCUGAAAAUACAGGAUAUUUAUUUCAAAAGCUUCUAUCCUGCCUUGAUAAAUUUAACUUCGACAUCUAAGGAAACGAGCAUAUCAGCUUUUGUGAAAAACUAUGUACCGAUCUGGUAUUUGGUAAUUUUGGUUGUUACGAUACUCUAACCUUGUUUAGCUGGCUAAAUAUUUUGUGGGAAGUCAA